AUGGAGAACAACAGGACAAAUGAGACCUAUAAGCCGUUUGCCAAGUUGGGCCAGUUUAUGAAACAAGUGCUUGAAGAUGAUGAGACAUUAGACUCUCCCAACCUUCAUCGAGUAGCUAGAGAUGGAAACGAGGCUCAACUAAAAAUUCUUAUAUCAGGCGGAUGUGAUGUCAACGCUGAAGAUGGCGACGGCUUGACAGCUCUUUAUAUUGCAACUAAGAAAGGGUACACAAAAGUAGUCAAAACCUUACUGCAAAAUGGAGCACUUGUCAAUACAAAAUACAACCCAUUACUAGUAGUUAGAGAUCUAGUCUCGGCUCGGCUGCUGGUUCAGUCCAACGGUGAUCUGCAUGCUAACGAUGAAUUCGGAGACACUCCAUUGCAGAGAGCGAUCAUGUUAGGAAAUGAAACUUUGGUGGAAUUUUAUUUGUCUGCUGACGUCGAUAUACAUCACACAAAUGCUAAAGGCCAGACAGCCCUACAUACUCUCUGCUCAUCUUUCAUGAAAGAACCACACGGUUCAAAUUUGAUUCGAACACUUGUUGGAAGGGGUGCAAGUGUAAAUUGCAAAGAUUCGCAAGAUAGAUCUCCGUUGCAUUUAGCUACCACGAAUUAUUUCCUUGAGAAAUAUGAAACUAUCAAUGUAUUAAUCAAAAGUGGAGCUUCGUUGUCUGAUUUAGACUUACAAGGUCUAACCCCAGUACACCACUUCGUGGAAAAAUCUAGAGGAUGUUCCGAUGAUGCCGAAGAGGUGUCCCGGAAAUUUAUUGAUUGUCUUAUUGUUAACGAACAGGCAGCAAAUUUAAGAACUGCAAUUGGUCAGACCAUCUUGCACCUUGCCAUUCGUGAUAUACCUAUUCAGAUUCUAGUGUGCCUCGUGAAGAAAGGAUGUAUGCUCAGCGUUAAGGAUAGCAGAAAACAGGGUCUUCUACAUUACAUCGUAGACAGAGAAGAUGCUGCAGAUGUGCUAAAAUACCUGAUAAACAUGGGAAUUAACGUGAAUGAACAAGAUCUUUGGGGACAAACAGUCCUUCAUCUUGCUGUUAUGAAAAACAACAAGAAACUAGUAGAAGCGGUAGUUGAUCUAGGGGCUGAUGUAAACAUGAAGGAUUCGGUUAAAAAACAACCAAUACAUAUCGCUGCGGAAAACGGCUGGGAUUGUGUCUUGGAAUUACUUAUACAGAAAGGAGCAGAUAUUAAUGCAGAAGAUAUAUACCAAUCUACUCCACUCCAUUUUGCUGCAUGGAAUAACAAAUCGUCUGUUGCAUAUAUCCUGUUCAAAGAAGGAUGCAACAUGGAGUGUCAAGAUUCCUGUGGGAAAACUGCAUACGAUGUCGCGGAAUAUCGAUCAAGCUUUGACGUUCUGGAAGUUUUUCAAGACCAUGGCAGAGAAUCUCAUCAAAAUAUGAAAAUGAAGACAUACUCAAAGUACUCUAAUAGGUUAUUACAGCUGAAAGCAUUACAAGAUAUAUUAGAUUCAAAUGAGAAUUUGAGGGAACCCGGAGAAUUGGAUGAGUAUCUUAGCUCUUUAAUAUCGGAAUCACCAACAGGAAUUUUGUACGACGAAUCCGAGGCCAACGAAAUCCGUAGUGUCAUUGAUGAAUUUGCAAUAAAUGCUGCGAGAUACCUAUCUGAAAGUGAUCCAAAACUGCGAUGUACAGUAUACUAUGCUGGAAGCUCUUCUGAAGGGACUAAAACUCUAUAUCCGGACGAAUUUGAUUACGUUGUUUGUUUCGAUGAACUCAGUGAGAAUAUCUAUCCACAACAUGAGAUGGGUGAUGUAAUAGAAAGUUUUCAUCUUAUUCCUGAUAAAGAAACUGAAAAGCAUGAAGUCCUGGAGGAAGGUGUUGAUUUUGAAGAAACCCAGUCUUCUGUAUCAGACUACACUCUAAUUUUUCUGAAGAAGCAGACGAGCUACCCGUACUCGGAACUUACAGAGCUGGAAUCGAAGAUGAUUCCAAACUAUAUGAUGUUUCAAACAUUUACGCAGCGUGUGUCCAAUAUCGUUUUCAGUGAAAAUUUCCCCAAAGACGACCGGUUAUUGAUUAAGGACAUUAGCAACGAUCCAAAAGUAAUUUUGAUUUGGAGAGGUUCCAAAUAUAAAAGUUUAGAAAUCAACGUCGAUUUCGUUCCAGCGGUGCGCCUACCGUCUUGGCCAAACAAAUCACGAAUCAGUUCUAAACUUCUUGAUCCAGAUCAACUGCGUCUGCCAUGUCUCGCUGUUCCCAAAAUGACGAGUCAUGGAGACGAAAACCUUUGGCGAUGCUCCUUGUCACUCGUGGAAACAACAAUAAUGAAAAGAUGCCUUCCACAUAUCCGAAACAGUUACAUCGCUGCCAAAUCGUUGAUCAGUUUGCCUGUUUGUCCCCUUGUUAGCUUCGGUAAUUACGAAGAAGAGAAGAAUUAUUAUCGAAGCCGAUGUGAUAGUAUGUCUUCUGAAGAGGAGUUCGAGAUGUACGAAGAAGUGGGAAACAUGUUUCCAUCAUAUAUUCUUAAAAUGGCUUUCCUUCAUACCAUUGAAGAAAGGGUAGUCCGAGAAAGUACCCAAACUGUUCUGGAGAAAAUUUUAUACAUGAGAGAUCCACUAGAGCAUCUUGUACUCAAGGCUCCGUCUAAACAUAUCGCAGAUAAAUGCAAAACAGACGCUGUGUCCAAACAUAUCGCAAAUAAAUGCAAAGGCUGUGAUACUGAUGUGGUAAAAAGUGUUUUUAACAAAUGCGACGAGUGGCUCUCUAAUCGAUUCGUCCCGUCCUUUUUUAACCCCCGCCAUAAUGUUUUAGGUUCAAGUAUUUUGGAGGAAAACGGUGUCAAAAUACAAUAUUUCAUUAAGUACGUACUCAAACUUCUACAGGAAACUGAGUAGACUGUAUUUAUUUUCAACAACGAAUCUUAAAGUACAGUAUGAGAAAAAUAUGUACAGAGUGUACAAAAAAUAAAUUAUUGUUAUUUUCCCGUACUGUGUAUAUAAAAAUCAUUAUUAUUUUCCCGUACUGUGUAUAUAAAUAAAUCAUUGUUAUUUUCACGUACUAUGUAUAUAAAAGGAAAAAAAUCAUUGUUAUUUCCCCGUACUGUGUAUAUAAAAAGAAUAAAUCAUUGUUAUUUCCCCGUACUGUGUAUAUAAAAAGAAUAAAUCAUUGUUAUUUUCCUGUACUGUAUAUGAAAAAAUCAUUGUUAUUUUCCUGUAUUGUGUAUAUAAAAAUUAUUGUUAUUUUCCCGUACUGUGUAUAUAAAAAGAAUAAAUCAUUCUUAUUUUCCCGUACUGUGUAUAUAAAAAGAGUAAACCAUUGUUAUUUUCCUGUAUUGUGUAUAUAAAAAUCAUUGUCAUUUUCCUGUACUGUAUAUAAAUAAAUCAUUGUUAUUUUCCCGUACUGUGUAUAUAAAAAGAGUAAACCAUUGUUAUUUUCCUGUAUUGUGUAUAUAAAAAUCAUUGUCAUUUUCCUGUACUGUAUAUAAAUAAAUCAUUGUUAUUUUCCCGUACUGUGUAUAUAAAAAGAAUAAAUCAUUGUUAUUUUCCUGUAUUGUGUAUAUAAAAAUCAUUGUCAUUUUCCUGUACUGUAUAUAAAUAAAUCAUUGUUAUUUUCCCGUACUGUGUAUAUAAAAAGAAUAAAUCAUUGUUAUUUUCCUGUAUUGUGUAUAUAAAAAUCAUUGUCAUUUUCCUGUACUGUAUAUAAAUAAAUCAUUGUUAUUUUCCCG